UAGCCCGCAGUUCGAGCGGCGAGAGCGCUCGGAGACGGUACGCGGAGCCGAGGGGAGCGAGCGGGCGCCCCAGUCUCCUUCCCCUCCCCUCCCCUCGCCUCGCCGCCCUCUCCCGCAGCCGGACCGGAACUAUGUGAUCCCGGAAGUUCCGGGGCCAUUGCUGUGUGGGAUAAACAGUAAUGGCGGAGGCUGCAGCUCCCGGAACAACAGCCACAACAUCAGGAGCAGGAGCGGCAGCGGCGGCGGUGGCAGCGGCCUCCCCCACCCCUAUCCCCACAGUCACCUCCCCGUCCUCGGGGGCGGGGGGAGGGGGAGGCGGCAGCGACGGCAGCGGCGGCGGCUGGACUAAACAGGUCACCUGCAGGUAUUUCAUGCAUGGGGUUUGUAAGGAAGGGGAUAACUGUCGCUACUCACAUGACCUCUCCGACAGUCCUUACGGUGUAGCGUGCAAGUAUUUUCAGCGAGGGUGCUGUAUUUACGGAGACCGCUGCAGGUAUGAACAUAGCAAGCCAUUGAAACAGGAAGAAGUGACGGCUGCAGAUCUAACUUCAAAAUCAUCUGUUGCUGCUUCAAGUCUCUCAUCAGGAGUUGGACCAAUUGUUGAAAUGAAUAUGGGUGAAGCCGAGUCAAGAAAUUCAAACUUUGCAACUGUAGGAGCAGGUUCAGAAGACUGGGUGAAUGCCAUUGAGUUUGUUCCUGGGCAGCCCUACUGUGGCCGGACUGCCCCUUCCUGCACAGAAGCUCCCCCGCAGGGCUCAGUGAGCAAAGAGGAAUCGGGGAAGGAGCAGACGGCAGCAGAAACCAAGAAGCAGCUUUGCCCCUACGCUGCGGUGGGCGAGUGCCGCUACGGGGAGAACUGUGUGUACCUCCACGGAGACUCCUGUGACAUGUGUGGACUGCAGGUCCUGCAUCCAAUGGACGCUGCCCAGAGGUCACAGCAUAUCAAAUCUUGCAUUGAGGCCCAUGAGAAGGACAUGGAGCUCUCAUUUGCUGUCCAGCGCAGUAAGGACAUGGUGUGUGGCAUCUGUAUGGAGGUGGUCUAUGAGAAAGCCAACCCCAGCGAGCGCCGCUUUGGGAUUCUCUCCAACUGCAACCACACUUACUGUCUCAAGUGUAUCCGCAAGUGGAGGAGUGCUAAGCAAUUUGAGAGCAAGAUCAUAAAGUCCUGCCCAGAAUGCCGGAUCACCUCUAACUUUGUCAUUCCAAGUGAGUACUGGGUGGAGGAGAAGGAAGAGAAGCAGAAACUCAUUCAGAAAUACCAGGAAGCGAUGAGCAACAAGGCGUGCAGGUAUUUUGAUGAAGGACGUGGGAGCUGCCCAUUUGGAGGGAACUGUUUUUACAAGCAUGCGUACCCUGAUGGCCGUAGAGAGGAGCCACAGAGACAGAAAGUGGGAACAUCAAGCAGAUACCGGGCCCAACGAAGGAACCACUUCUGGGAGCUCAUUGAGGAAAGAGAGAGCAGCAAUCCUUUUGACAACGAAGAAGAGGAGGUUGUCACCUUUGAGCUGGGCGAGAUGUUGCUUAUGCUUUUGGCUGCAGGUGGGGACGACGACCUGACAGACUCUGAAGACGAGUGGGACUUGUUUCAUGAUGAGCUGGAAGAUUUUUAUGACUUGGAUCUAUAGCAGCUUGGCGUGGCGGGUGAACUGGUCUGCUGGGCCUCAGGCAGUGGCUGUCCCCGGUGGUGUGGCAGUGCCCGAGUUUCUCUCCUAGGCAGGCCUCUAAACUCCAGGUGCUGUCGUGAUCCUCUUUACCCAGGGCCUGUCUUUUCAAUCCCUCACCUUUCCCCAAGGAGUGUGUUGUUUUCUCUGUUUAAAAAAAAAAAAGUUACAAAAAUAAAUCUUAAAGCUAGUUUUUUUUUUGUAACAUGAAUUUGACUGUCAGACAGUUAGCGUAGGUCUAUGGGGU